AUGGAGCCUUCGCUGGCGGCGGCGGCGGAGGCGCCGCCUCCGCCGGCGGUCGGCGCUGCCCUCCGCCUGCUCGACCUCUCCGAAGACCUCCUACUGGCGAUUUGCAAGACCCUCCAACUCGUUGACCUCUGCCACCUCGCCCGCUGCAACAAAGCCGUGCGGGCGCUUGCAAGCAACGGCUCCCUUUGGACCAGCAUCAGCUUCCCACCCUCCUGUGCCGAGAAGCUUACGGACGGGAUGCUGACCAAGCUGCUCGAGCGCGUUCAGGCCAAGCAGCACACGGUGACCGUCAGCCUCGCUGGCUGCACUCGCAUCGACGGCAGCGGCCUUGAGCCGCUCCGAGGCUCGACUGUCCUGCGUACUGUCGACCUGCGCCGCGCCGUCUUCCGGAAGGGCCUCGUCAAGGCCACGCCCUUCGACGCCUCGGCCUUUGCCACACUCGAGUCGCUCGCUGCAAGCCUCGAGUCGCUGCGUGUCCUCAAAGAGGACCGCUACCCGAUCCCAACAGGCCCUCUUUCUCUUGCCCGCCUCCGUGAGUGUGCCAUGUGCGUUGAGGUGUCGGAGGCGGGAGCCGAGGCGGUGACACCUCCGAAGCCCCUUUCCGACGCUCGCCGCUGCACGCUCUGCAUGCAAAAGUACUGCGAGCCUUGCAGCCAGGCAUUCUUUCGCGGGUGCAUCGAUUGCGAGGGCACGUUCUGCUACCAGUGCGUCGUGUAUGACACGUCGCACUGGCAGCCCGCGUACAUGUGCGUCGAAUGCAACGGCGGCGAGGAGACCUGA